UAUAGGUGGUAGGAAAAAAAGUCCUGGAGAGCCCUCCACUGGUAAGAUGGCACCUUUUCUUUCUCCAAGGCUUUCAUCCUCUAGACAACAAGAAGAGACAGUCCUUCAAAGUCCUGACAGCAUUUAGCUGAGGCAUGUUUCUUGCUUCACGAAACUUCUGUUGCCGUGGCGUUAAGCUAAGAACAGAUUGGCUUUCCAGAUCCAUCAAACAUUCCAGCUCUGCAACAAUGCCCUUCAGACACAAAAAUACAAGACGAAUUGAAGGCCUUGAUAGCAAUGUGUGGGUUGAAUUUACAAAGGUGGCAGCAGAUCCCUCAAUUGUUAAUCUUGGUCAAGGCCUUCCUGAUAUAUCCCCUCCCAGCUAUGUUAAAGAAGAGCUGGCAAAGGUAGCAGCAGUUGACAGACUGAACCAGUACACCCGAGGCUUUGGACAUCCAUCACUGGUGAAAGCCUUGUCUCAAGUCUAUGAGAAAGUUUGUGGAAGAAAGAUUGAUCCUCUCACAGAUAUCCUGGUGACUGUGGGAGCUUAUGGAUCUCUCUUUAGUACAAUACAGGCACUAAUUGAAGAGGGAGAUGAAGUAAUAAUAAUAGAGCCAUUUUAUGACUGUUAUGAGCCAAUGGUCAAGAUGGCGGGUGCAAAGCCUGUUUUUAUCCCACUAAGAUGUAAAAAUGAUGGAAACUCCGCAUCUAGUGCUGAUUGGGUCUUAGAUCCUGUUGAACUUGCAAAUAAAUUUAAUUCCAAAACAAAAGCAAUUAUUCUGAAUACCCCACACAACCCGAUAGGCAAGGUUUUUACCCUGGAAGAGCUCCAAGUAAUAGCUGAUCUCUGUAUUAAACAUGACACCCUGUGCAUCAGUGAUGAGGUGUAUGAAUGGCUGGUGUAUAAAGGGAAUAAACACAUUAAAAUAGCUAUGUUGCCAGGUAUGUGGGAAAGAACAGUAACUAUAGGAAGUGCUGGAAAAACAUAUAGUGUAACUGGCUGGAAGCUUGGUUGGUCCAUUGGUCCUGAGCACCUGAUCAAGCAUUUGCAAGUUGUUCACCAAAAUACACUAUACACUUGCCCAACUCCAUUACAGGAGGCUUUGGCACAAGCAUUUUGGAUGGACUACAAGCGCAUGGAUGACCCAGACUGCUACUUUUACUCCCUGUCUCGAGAGCUGGAGAGCAAGCGUGAUCGGAUGGCUCAGCUACUGAAAGAGGCUGGACUAAAGCCUGUCAUUCCAGAUGGAGGAUACUUUAUGAUUGUUGAUGUUUCCACCUUAAAUGUGGAUCUCUCUGAUGGAGAUGAGAAACAACCUUAUGAUUAUAAAUUUGUCAGAUGGAUGAUAGCAUCUAAGAAACUGUCAGCAAUUCCUCUUUCAGCAUUCUGUGGUCUUGAAACAAAGAAACAGUUUGAAAAAUACAUACGUUUUUGCUUCAUUAAGAAAGACAGCACACUAGAUGCAGCUGAAGUAAUCCUGAAGAACUGGAAUAAACAGACAGGCUGAAUUUUCUUAUUAACUCUUCCAUAUAGUAUAACUAUCUAAUAGUAGGGUUUUUUUAAAUUGGAAAUUUAAGAAAAAAAAUACUUAAUACACUACAGAAUUAAUAUGACAUUGUAAAUAACUUUUUAUUGAUACCUGGUGAGGAGUUAGAACAAUGAUUUACUGAAGUGUGGUUAAUGCAACUCAGAGAUUAUUUUCAAUCUUUUAAAAAUAAAUUGUUUUUCUCUUAAAGAAA